GGCUCUGGAGUCCGGCGCUCCCUGAGGCCGUGGAYGCGAUGCUGGCUGUGUCCUGUCGUGUUCCCGGGCCGACCGGAAUGUGACGGCGGCCCCUCGACUAGCCUUCGGUCUUGGGGCCCGCAGGUCGCUGGGCGACCCGCAGCCGGGCCACGGCCGAGAGGAGGCUGUGCGACCUCCGCACGAUUCUAUCAAAUUUUAAGGACAAAUGUACCUUAUAGCUCAUGGAAGAAAAAACACAAAUCAAGACAUUUUUGGGUUCCAAAUUGCCAAAGUAUGGAACAAAAUCUGUAAGAAAUACACAACCAAUGCCAAACGGGACAGCUGUUAAUUUAUUAGGAACUUCCAAGAGUAGUAAUGUCAAAAGUUACAUAAAAAAUAAUGGCUCUGAUUGUUCAUUGUCCCAUUCAUUUAAUUGGAGAAAAACAAAUAAAUACCAACUUACUGCACAAAAUACUGAAGAGCCUAGCAGUUCUCAGAGUUCACUUGAUAAAUUAAUUGAUCCUGAAAAACAUGCUUCCACUCAAGGAAUGUUUGAAAAAAAUGGGAUAAAGGGAGGUUUGAAAAGUGUAUCUUUAUUCACAUCAAAGUUGGCAAAGCCAUCCACUAUGUUCAUGUCAUCCACAGAAGAGUUAAAUCAAAAGUCUUUUUCUGGACCAUCUAAUUUGGGUAAAUUCACCAAAGGCACAUUAUUAGGAAGGACUUCAUAUUCUGCAGUCAGUGCUCCAAAAUCGCAAUUAAAUGGAUUUUAUGGAAACCGAUCAACUGGUAGCAUGCAAAGGCCUAGAGCAAAUUCCUUUGCCACCAGAAGCAGUUCUGGAGAAAGCUUAGCACAGUCCCCAGACAAUAUUAAAUCUAUUACUUGUGAAAAAAUGGUAAGGUCUCAGAGUUUUUCACAUUCCAUUCAGAAUCCAUUCCUUCCACCUUCAUCUAUAACAAGGUCACAUUCCUUCAACAGAGCUGUUGAUCUUACAAAGCCUUAUCAGAACCAACAGUUACCUAUUAGAAUGCCUCUACGAUCAAAUAUGCUGACAAGAAAUUCCCGACAAUCAGAAGUACUCAAUGGGAAUGAACACUUGGGCUAUGGAUUUAAUAGGCCUUAUGCUGCUGGUGGAAAGAAGUUGGCUGUACCAAAUGGUUCAGGUGUAACUUCCACUUUGGGUUAUAGGUUGGUUCAUCCCACUCUACUGAAAUCUAGUCGACCUCCAUUUUCUGGGACUAUCGCAGUUGAUAAUAAUAAAAAUGCACCUGCUAACACUUGUGUAGAGGAAGAGGCUUCAGUUUUGGCUAAGGACAGUGUUACUAAUAAGGACCAAGAGCUAAUUGAAAAUGAAAGUUAUAGAACAGAAAACAACCAGACCAUGAAGCAUGAUGCUAAAAUUAGGUACCUGAGUGAUGAUGUGGAUGAUAUUUCCUUGUCGUCUUUGUCAUCUUCUGAUAAGAAUGAUUUAAGUGAAGACUUUAGUGAUGAUUUUAUAGAUAUAGAAGACUCUCAUAGAACUAGAAUAACUCCGGAGGAAAUUUCUCUCAAAGAAAAGCAUGAAAAUUUACCAUCAAAGGAUAUAUUUGAUUCUCCUAAGGAAAAUGAAAAAACUUUCAUUAAAACUGAUGAAUGGAUCGAUAUAAGUGUCUCUGACAGGAGUGAAUGUACAAAACAUCCUUCUGGAACUAAUUUGAUUUCACCAGAUACGGAUUAUAGAGCUGGUUCUUCAUUUGAACUUUCUCCAUCUGAUAGCUCUGAUGGAACAUACAUGUGGGAUGAAGAGGGCUUGGAACCCAUUGGAAAUGUCCAUCCAGUUGGCAGCUACGAUUCUUCUGAAAUGAAUAGCAUUGAUAUUCUUAAUAAUCUUGAAUCAUGUGACCUUGAGGAUGAUGAUCUUAUGCUUGAUGUGGAUCUGCCCGAGGAUGCACCUCUUGACAAUGGUUGUUAUGCAAGUUUAGAAAGAGGUUUUGAUGGAUCAUUCUGA